AUGAAGGCCGAUUUCGUCGCUGUCUCGGAAUUGAAGCGCGAAGUGCUUGGCCUCCGCGAGAUGCUGAGCAAGAUUGGUAUUGCACCGGCUGUUCCUAUGCCGCUUCAAAUCGACAAUAUAACGGCAAGCAGCCAGAUGGCGGGCGAGGCAUCGGCACUAAAGGCAAAGCACGUUGAUGUUCACCUACUGUCGGUCAAAGACCUUGGCCGCGUCAGCAAGUUUCUAGGCAUGAUGGUCGCGCAAAAUGGUGACGGAGGCUACAAUCUCGAUCAGGAGGAGGUGAUUGGCGAUCUCCUGCGUACCAACGGACUUAUGGAUGCAAACUCGGUGCGUGCGUUGAUUGGUGACGACUGCUAUGACGAGAAUCUUGACGGAGUAGCGAUGCUUGGAGCGUCAAACAAGCGGUCUGGUCCAACGAUACGCGUGUUCCAGUCACUCGUGGGCAGCUUGCUAAGGAUUGCGCGCUGCAAAAAGCCCGACAUAGCCUUGUGCGGUGCAUAA